AUUAGGCUUUUUUCUCGAUUUCGCUCGUUUUCCUGCGUUCUCUUAUUUCCUGCAUAUUAUGUCAUUUUCCCGCCUAUUCAUUUCGAGUCAUCGGAAGGUGGACUUUGACGUUAGCUUUCUCAUACAGGAUCUGGCCAAUGUGCCACUGGUCAGUGGUUUAUAUUUCGUCAAAUGGCGCAUAAAGCAUGCUUCACCGUCCAACGGAUACACAGCUAGAGAAUCUAUCAAGGAUCACUGUAUCGUGUGGAAUCAGCCUGCAAAUACCAUGGUGCAACUGAUCAUCAACAAGCACCAAGCACUGAACCCUUGCGAACUCAAACUGGAAGUGUUUCAGCAGUUGGGUGGUAGCAAGGCCAUUGUUGCCAUUGGCGACUUGACCAUCAAUCUAUCUGAGUAUUCUCGUUCCGGAUUGACCACACGAAGGUAUCUACUCGAUCACUGUAAAUUCAAUUCCACCAUCAAGUUAUCGAUAAAUUUGACCCAGAAAUCUCGAAUCGAUGCCGAGUUUUCAACACCGCCAUUGAAAAAGCAGCACAUGUUUACCGAUAUCCCCUCCCUGAUCACCGAGCGCAAAGACCGUAAUCGAGCCAUUGAAGAACAAUCACUAGGUGAAGCGAGCUUUGAGAAUGAUUUACGCGCGGGCGUGUCCAUGGUGAGAAAAUCAAGUUCGGUCAUGUCUCUUCCUCAAUUUUGUAGACAAACCAGUACUUCCGAACGCGUGUCUCCUAAAGACCUUGUGGAACAGCUUUUCAUCGACAACCAUCUGUGAUGGGCGACAAUGCUGAUCGGCUCCCACUUUGUAUUAUUAUUCCCUCACUUUUUUUUUCGGGUCCUUGUAUUUAAUGUUGUCUUUUAAUUCCUCUUGUAUAUGUUCCGACAAAAUAGACUGUAAUAUAAACAAACAACACAAACAACCAGGUCCAUGAGUGUUGCUUACUUGAACUCCCUUGAGGGCAUUGCAAGGGCAAUUAUAUAGUGGUUUUUGGAUGAAUUCGGUAGAGAAAAAGGACCGUGAUAGUUGGAUGUAAGCAUUGCUUGCUGCAAUGUCUCUUGCGCACUUGUUCUCUUGGAAUGAAAAAUCCACCUUGCAGCGACCUCAGUGAACAUGGCUGCGCCAAGCUUCGGAGACUCAAAUAGGGUCCGGACCAUAAAAUCUUUAGCAACAGGUGCUCAGCAGGAAAAUUGGGCAUAUA